CGGAAGAGUUCAAGCACUGGGAGCUUCUGGGCCUCACCUUUGCCCUCCCUCCUGUUUCCUGCAGUGGCUGGGUGGGUGGGGCAGCCACCAGCUCCAGUCUCAGGACUUGUCUGCACUCCCAGGGCAGGGCACUCCUCCCCUCCUCCCCAGCUGUGGGGCCUGAGCACCCGCCACUCAGGAUAAACCCAGGAGAACCCAAGCUGUCCCCAAGACCUCUUGUUGGCUACUACCCUGGGGCUGGCCAGCAGAUGCCCAGCCUGCCCGGUCUGGGAGGAGCUCCUCAGCCCUUAAGCCCCUCAGCACUGUGGCCUCCAGGGCUUCAGGAGGAACAGGGUGGACACGUGGAAGAGGCAGGCGUGGAGGCCAUGAAGGCGGAGUUCUGGGCAGCAUGGCCCUGCCUUUGGUUUUGAUUGGAACUUGGUGAUACGGGGUGGCUCUGUCAGGAGAAAGGUCCCCUGGAGCAGAGGUUGAGAUGGACACGGUGGUGCUGGCUCCCCACUGAGCAGCCUGGCACAGUAGUGCCCAGAGAUGGGAGGCUCCAUCUCACCAGACACCAGGGGCCAUUUCCAUGCCUGGGCCUCUGCUCCAGAGAACCACAGCCCAGGAGCGGCCCCACCAGGAAGAGGGGCAGGACUAGGAGGGCAAGUCCUGGCCAGGUGAGCAACCAAAGCCACAAAGUCACUCGGUGAGACACAGCGGCUCUUAUUUUCCCAUCUCCUACCCACCCAGGGCGAUUGGGUGAAGUACUGUGCCAGGAGUUCUUUACACAUCUAUAAUUCUUCAAGGAACUUCUGCAGUGGGUAUCCAUACCCCGACCUUAAAAAUGGAGAGACUGAAGCUCAAAGAAAGGAAGUACUUGCUUGAGUCACAUGUAACAGUGGAGCCUGGGAUUUCAGACCAGUUUCACAGGCCUCUGGAGCCCUCUGCUGUGGCAGCAGUGGGAGGAGCAGUGCUGAGAUGUGGAGAGAAGGUCCCAAGCAGCUGCCUCUUGCCCAGGGCCCCGAGCUGCAGCACCGGCCAAGCCAGAAGCUGCACCAGCCCUUUGCCCCGGGGCCAGAGAGAAGGCUGGAGGGCCAGAGAAGCAGAAGAGGCUUCUUGGUUGAUCAGCACUCUCUGCUUGCCCACAGUCUCCCUUGGGGCCCAGGUGACCUUUCCCCCAGAUCCCAGGGUCCAGGCCCUCCCCUGCAGGGAGGUGUGGGGGAUGGAGGCAGCUGGGAUUGGUUUGGAGCCGGCAGAGGCGUGUCCUGGGCUCCAAGGAAGGAGCAGAGCAGGUGGACUCCCGAGAUAGACCAGGAGCCGCCUGGCAGCCGGCGGCUUCUCUGACCCAGACCUCUGCCCUCCAAGACAUGGCCCCAGGCUCCCUCGAUCCCCAGCCCUGUGGCCUUGACGGGGUGAAAUCAGCCUAAGCACCACCACUCCAGGGCCUGUGCCCACGCCCCCUGGCCCCUGGCCCUGAGGCCAUGGAGACAGUGCCCCCAGCUGUGGACCUGGUGCUGGGUGCUUCAGCCUGUUGCCUGGCCUGUGUCUUCACCAACCCCCUGGAGGUAGUGAAGACGCGGCUGCAGCUUCAGGGGGAACUGCAGGCACGGGGCACCUACCCUCGGCUCUACCGGGGCUUUGUGGCCUCUGUCGUCGCGGUGGCUCGUGCAGAUGGGCUGUGCGGGCUGCAGAAGGGGCUGGCUGCCGGCCUUCUCUACCAGGGCCUCAUGAAUGGCGUCCGCUUCUACUGCUACAGCCUGGCGUGCCAGGCCGGCCUCAGCCAGCAACCAGGAGGCACCGUGGUUGCGGGAGCUGUGGCGGGGGCAUUGGGAGCCUUUGUGGGGAGCCCUGCUUACCUGGUCAAAACGCAGCUGCAGGCUCAGACGGUGGCCGCAAUGGCCGUGGGGCACCAACACCAUCACCAGAGCCUCUUGGGCGCCUUGAAGACCAUCUGGCGGCAGCAGGGCCUGGCAGGGCUGUGGCGGGGCGUGGGUGGGGCCGUGCCCCGGGUCAUGGUCGGCUCGGCCGCUCAGCUGGCCACCUUUGCCUCUGCCAAGGCCUGGGUGCAGGAGCAACAGUGGCUCCCAGAGGACAGCUGGCUGGUGGCCCUGGCCGGGGGCAUGAUCAGCAGCAUAGCUGUGGUUGCUGUCAUGACCCCCUUCGACGUGGUCAGCACGCGGCUGUAUAAUCAGCCAGUGGACGGGGCAGGCAGGGGCAAGCUAUAUGGCGGCCUCACCGACUGCCUGGUGAAGAUCUGGCGGCAGGAGGGCCCCCUGGCGCUCUACAAGGGUCUGGGCCCCGUCUACCUGCGCCUGGGCCCCCACACCAUUCUAAGCAUGCUCUUCUGGGAUGAACUCCGGAAACUGGUCGGGCGGGACCAGUACCAGGGCAGAUAGGCGGUGUCCUUCACCCCAGCACAGCCAGCCACUUGGCAGGUCGUGAUGGCCCGCCACAGCUGGGAAUGGCUGUUCCAUAGCCAGCCCAGGCCCAGGCCCUGCCCCAGGUCCAGGAAGAGAGUGGUCAGACAGCUGUGGUCAACCCAGCCCCUGGGCCCACCAAGGGCCAGCGGACCCACCUGGAAUCACCACCCACUCCGUUCUCCAGAAAGUGUUCAUCCUUCUCUGUCCCAGGUUACCUUAUCCCAGAGCCUUACUCGUCACAAUAACCACUCCAAGGUGUGAACAGCGCUGUGAGCUGGGUCACAUACAAUAUCAACUUGCUUACACGGUGAAAGUGAAAGUGAAGUCGCUCAGUCGUGUCCGACUCUUUGCAACCCCAUAGACUGUAACCUAUCAGGCUCCUCUGUCCAUGGGAUUUUCCAGGCAAUAGUACUGGAGUGGAUUGCCAUUUCCUUCUCCAGGGGAUUUUCCCAACCCAGGGCUUGAACCCGGGUCUCCCACAUUAUAGACAGACGCUUUACCGUCUAAGCCGCCAGGGAAGUCCUGGGAGGUAGUAAAAUUCUGUUACCAGUGAGGAAGUGGAGGCUCAGAGAGGUGAAGUGCUUUGACGAAAGCCACGUAGCUUUGAAGGGUCAGAGCUGGAACUGGAACUCACCUCUGCCCACCCCCAACCUGUGUGCCCUUGGUGAGAGCCAGGACCAUGGGGGCCGGAGUGCCCCUGAGGGAUCACUGCACACGUGGGGAGGUCCUGGGGAACACCGUGAGGCACUGGGGCCAUCAUCUGUGUUAGUCUGCCAAGGCCACCAUUACAGAGCUCCUCAGACUAGGCAGCUUAAACAACAGAAUGUUCUUUUCUCACAGUUCUGGAGACUACAUGUCCAGGGGUCGGCAGGCUUGGUUUCCUCUGAGGCCUCCUUUCUUGGCAUGUAGACACCUGUCUUCUCCCAGGGUCCCCACACUGUCUUCCCUCUUUGUGUCUGGGUCCUAAUCCCCUCUUAAAAGAACACCAGUUAUAUUGGAUUAGGCCUCACGCUAAUGACCUCACGUUAACUUAAUUACUUCCUUAAAGACCCCAUCUCCAAAUACAGUCACCUUCUGAAGUUAGAACUUCCCUACAGGAAUCUGGGGUGGGGGAGGGGACACAACACAGCCCCUCAACUAAGGGCUUUUACUGAGGGUCUCCUAGACGCCCAGCACUGUGGGCAUUUGCACAGAUUCUCAUGACAAUUCUGAAAGGUCGCUCUUGAUAUGCCCAUUAUUCAGAUGACCAGACUGAGGUCCCAGGAAAGGAAGCGACUUCCCCAAAGUAGUAGAGCUGGGUAUCCUCAUCCCAGACCCUUUCCUUUGUCCAAGCUGCAGCCACACUCCCCCCCAUGGGCGUGUCCCUAAGGCACUGACCUUUGUGCUACAGAAGUGGGCACUGAGUGCCUGAAGAGGCAGGACUGGCUGAGGUCAAGUGGCCUGAACUGCCUUCCCCGCACACCCCAUGUCUGCAAAGAGCUGCUCCCCAGACGCAGCCCUACUGCACACUCCAAACCAAUAAAGUUUUUCUAUUUUGUCUA